AUGGAAGACUCUCUAGGUUGGUAUUUUACGAAAACCGGGAAGUAUACAGUUAAAUUGGGGUAUGAUACAGAACGUUUGGUGAAACAGAGGAUUUCUCAGGUUACUCGGUAUGGGUCGGACAUCACCCCUCUCUUAGCGGGAGUUUGGAGGGUGGCCUGUUGUGCUAGAUGUGGGGCUGACGAGGAAACAAUUAAUCAUGCUAUUUUUCGGUGUUCGCCAGCUCGACAGGCUUGGGCUUUAGCUCAGGUGCCGGUUGGACCAGUUUCUUUUCCUACAGACUCCCUAUAUGCCAAUGUGGAUCAUUUCCUGGGUUCGUCCAAUCCGGGUUCUCAAGGAGAGGAUUUUCCUUGGAUUAUGUAUAUAUGGAAGGUGUGGAAUGCUUGCCUUUUUGAGAAUCUUAUGGAAAAACCAGAGGAUGUCGUUCGGUUAGCGGUGGGGGAGGCGUCUACAUGGUUGCAGGCUCAGACAGAGGAUGUGGAGGAGGAUAUAUCCCAAGGUCCCAGCGCCUCUAGUGUUCGGGAACCGGGGCAUGUAGGUCACUUGUCUACUGUUUUCUCAGGUUAUCGGUGUUUCGUAGAUGGAUCAUGGAAAGCAUAUGAUGCUUUUGCAGCCGACGACGAAGACGAAGACGAAGACGAAGACAGAGUCUUGAAAGUAUUCCGUUCGUUGAUCAAGAGUUACAAUCGAUGUGGUUCUGCUCCGUUUGUGUUUGAUCUGUUGGUAAAAUCGUGUCUUGAUUCGAAAGAGAUCGGUGGAGCUGUGAUGAGGUUUCUAGGCGUAGAGGUGCUUCUAAUGGUUAUAAANACACCUUCUCAGUUCUCCGAAAUCACCCUCCGCCUCCGCAACAACCCUCACCUCUCUCUCCGCUUCUUCCUCUUCACUCGCCGCUUCUCUCUCUGCUCACACGACGUCGGUUCUUGCUCGACACUAAUCCACAUCCUCGCUCGAUCUCGUCUCAAAAGCCACGCUAGUGAAGUCAUACGUCUCGCUCUCCGCUUAGCCGACGACGAAGACGAAGACGAAGACGAAGACAGAGUCUUGAAAGUAUUCCGUUCGUUGAUCAAGAGUUACAAUCGAUGUGGUUCUGCUCCGUUUGUGUUUGAUCUGUUGGUAAAAUCGUGUCUUGAUUCGAAAGAGAUCGGUGGAGCUGUGAUGGUGAUGAGGAAAUUGAGGUCUAGAGGAAUCAAUCCACAGAUUAGUACUUGUAAUGCUUUGGUUUCAGAGGUUUCUAGGCGUAGAGGUGCUUCUAAUGGUUAUAAAAUGUAUAGAGAAGUGUUUGGUUUAGAUGAUGUUAUUAAGGUAGAUGAAGGUACUAAGAAGAGGAUAGGUAAGGUUAAGCCGAAUGCGAACACGUUCAAUUCGAUGAUGAUGAGUUUUUAUAGAGAAGGUGAGACUGAGAUGGUAGAGAGGAUUUGGAGAGAAAUGGAGGAUGAAGUUGGAUGUUGUCCCAAUGGUUAUAGUUAUUGUGUUUUGAUGGAGGCGUAUUGUGCACGAGGUUUGAUGAAUGAAGCUGAGAAGAUAUGGGAAGAGAUGAAGGUGAAAGGAGUGGUUCUUGAUGUUGUGGCUUAUAAUACUAUCAUUGGUGGGCUUUGUAGUAACUUAGAGGUUAAGAAAGCGAAGGAGCUCUUUCGAGAAAUGGGAUUGAAAGGGAUUGAGUGUACUUCUUUAACCUAUGAGCAUCUUGUUAACGGGUAUUGUAAAGUGGGGGAUGUUGAAUCGGCUUUGGUUGUUUAUAGGGAGAUGAAAAGGAAGAGUUUUGAGGCAGAGGGUUUAACUAUCGAGGCGUUAGUGGAAGGACUAUGUGGUAGGGAUAGAGACAGAGUUGUUGAAGCUGCGGAUGUCGUUAAGGAUGCGGUGAGAGAAUCUGAGUUUUAUCCUAGUCGAAAGUGUUAUGAGUUGUUGAUAAAGAGGUUGUGUGAAGAAGGAAUGAUGGAGAGAGCAUUGAACAUUCAGGCUGAGAUGGUGGGGAAAGGUUUUAAGCCGAGUCAAGAGACAUAUAGAGCUUUUAUCGACGGUUAUGGAAUAGCAGGUGAUGAAAAAACAUCUGCAUUGUUGGCUAUUGAAAUGGCUGAAUCACUCAAGCUAAGAGCAGAGGAAGAAAGCUAGAGUGAUUCAUCCAAAUCACAUAGAAACCAAUCGGUGACACAAUGUGGUAUGAGUUUUGUCUUGUGGUAGACAAUGUAAGACACAACAUUACCCAUUAAAGCUAUAAUGUUUGGCAAGGGGAGAUUAAAUCCACAAUAACACCUCAUGACCAUAUCUUAUUUCUGAAGAAAUUCUUAUUCGAAUCACAUUCCAUUGAUAGUUACUACUUACGAGAGACAGAAUCAUACAAAGGAAUCACUCUUACAUGGAAGU